AUGGGCAAGAAUAUCGUACGUCGUUUACACCCAGAUGAGCCCAACAAACACAGCAGAUUAUGGAUCCAGGAAGAAAUUGAAGAUGUAUUGGAUAAUGACUUGGGUUCUGAAGCGAUAAGGUGUAUAAGUCUAAAGCUCACCCCUGAUAUUGUUUUGGAAGGUCUUGGAAACAUGAAGAAACUCAGAUGCCUUAUUGUAGAUCAUAGAUAUGGGGAUAAGGAUCGUGAUGACCUUGUGAAGAUUGAUGAAGUUCUUAAGAAGCUCAAAUCCAUUAUACUCAGAUCCUCAAAGGUGAGGACCCUUGACCUUGGGUUGACUCCGAAUCUUGUGAGGUUAGAUCUUUCAUUUUGUGAUGAUUUGGAUUUGGAAUCACUUGAGAAUCUUAAUGUAAGUAGCUUACAUCUAAAGGAGUUCCAGAAUAUAAUCCUGUGCCACUCCAACAGUAAUCUGCAACAGCUUGAUUUUGGUGGUAAUGAUAUAGAAAACCUGCCUUCGUCAAUUGGAAAUCUUCAUAAGCUUGUUAAUCUAUCAUUCAAUGGUUGCAGAAAACUCAAAAGUCUUCCAGGAAGCAUUUGUAGUUUACAACAUUUAAGAGUUCUUAACCUUGGACAUAGUGGCAUAGAGGAAUUGCCUGAGGACAUUGGCCAGUUGGAGUGUUUAGAAGAGCUAAAUUUAACAUAUUCAAAAAUUAAACAUCUCCCGGAUAGCAUUUGUAAGUUGAAACAUCUUAAAACUCUCAUUCUAGGUAGUUGUGAAGUUUGUAAGUUACCCGAGAAUUUUGGUCAAAUAGAUUCAUUAAAAAGACUAGAUCUAAGUUGUUGCAACAUAAGAGAUAUUCCACCCAGUAUCUGUAAGCUAAAGCAUCUCAAUUAUCUUGACCUUGGUGAUUGUUCUGAACUUGAGAAAUUACCAGAGAACCUAGGAGAUUUAGAAAGUUUGAAUAGACUAAGUGUAACAUCAACCAAGAUAAGAGAUGUUCCAUCCAGCAUCUCUAAGCUAAAACAUCUCAAAAAGCUUUACCUUUGUAAAUGUUCUGAACUUGAGAAACUACCAGAGAACCUAGGAGAUUUAGAAAGUUUGAAGACACUAGAUCUAACAUCAACCAAGAUAAGAGAUGUUCCAUCCAGCAUCUGUAAGCUAAAGCAUCUCACUUAUCUUAACCUUUCUAAUUGUUCUGAACUUGAAAAACUACCCGAGAACCUAGGAGAUUUAGAAAGUUUGAAUACACUACUUGUAAUGUCUACCAAGAUAAGAGAUGUUCCAUCCAGCAUCUGUAAGCUAAAGCAUCUCGAAUAUCUUGACCUUUCUAAAUGUUCUGGACUUGAGAAACUACCACAGAACCUAGGAGAUUUAGAAAGUUUGAAUACACUACUUGUAAUGUCUACCAAGAUAAGAGAUGUUCCAUCCAACAUCUGUAAGCUAAAGCAUCUCGAAUAUCUUGACCUUUCUAAUUGA